UAGAUAACAAUUUUUCGAAGCUGUCAACCCGGAAUUUGACAUUUCUUUAGUGGGCACUUGUGCUCAGCGAAAAUAAAAAGCAAUUUCUAUUGCGUAUAUCUGUAGGAAAUAAAAAUGAAUUCCGUAGUAAGGGCUGGGCACUUGGCCCCCUUCUUCAAAUCAUCGUCUCAGGUAGUUUCGAACGGCUUGAAGCCAGUGGUGGCUGUCGCCGUGCCUGCAGAUAAGUUGGUGACCCAGCCGCUGCCAAAAACUUCGACUGUGCAUUCUCUGCAUGGAUCCCUUCCGAUUCAGGGCCUGAAGGUCAAGGCGAGCGCAGGUGCCCAAGUACAAGUGCGUUUCGCUCACUCUGAUAUUUCGUACCCUGAUUUCUCUGCGUACCGCCGCAAGGAGACCCAGGACCCCACCGCGAAGGCGGACGAGAACGUCGAUGGACGCCAAUCGUUCACCUACCUUAUCGCUGGAGCGGGUAGCGUUGCUGGUGCGUAUGCCGCCAAGUCCGUGGUCACCCAAUUUGUAUCUUCCAUGGCUGCUGCCGCCGACGUCUUGGCCUUAGCCAAGAUCGAGAUCAAGCUCGCCGAGAUUCCCGAAGGAAAGUCAGUCACCUUCAAGUGGCGUGGAAAGCCGCUGUUCAUCCGUCACAGAACCGCGGAUGAGAUCGCAACCGAAAAGUCCGUGCCGGUCGACUCCCUGCGCGACCCGCAGCACGACGACCAACGCACCCAGGACCCCAAAUGGUUGGUCGUCAUCGGAGUGUGCACCCAUCUUGGUUGCGUCCCGGUCGCCAACGCCGGUGACUUCGGCGGCUACUACUGCCCCUGCCACGGGUCCCAUUACGACGCGUCUGGCCGUAUCCGCAAGGGCCCCGCACCCCUUAACCUGGAAGUACCCCCUCACAGCUUCCUCGAUGAAGGACUCCUAGUUGUAGGUUGAGUUAUUGUUAGACAAUUUAUUUAUUAAGGAUACAGUCCGAUAGACCAUUCAAUAAAUGUGAUGCAAUCAUUUUACUGUUA